AUGCUUAAGCUGUGUGGACUUCAAUUUCUGCUCAUGAUUCACUUGGCUAUGUGCCAGGAUUUAGGUCACCUGCAUGUCACUGGGCCUCUGAAGGAUAUGAAUUUUUCUAUUCCCGAAGGAGCAGGAGUGCGCUUAAUUUACCAGUUCACAUCUGAGCCACCUGCUGUGAGUUUCAGAGCAACCGGUGAAAAAGAUGGAAUAAUUGAAGUCGCACCGAGAACGGGAAUUCUGUAUCUCAAUGGGUCUCUGGAUUGGGAGACCAAAACAUUUCACAGGCUGCAGGUGGAAAGUUUGGAUGAAAAGGGAAACGUAGUGAAAGGUCCAUAUGAUGUUACAAUAUAUGUGGAGGAUAUCAAUGACAACCCACCAAUAUUUGACCAAAGAAAAUACACUGGAGUAGUGAGGCAGAACUCCCGUGCAGGCAAGCCCUUCAUGAAGGUCCAUGCUACUGACCGUGAUGAUCCUACGACUCCCCAUGCAAAGAUAAUGUACAGCAUUCUUCAUCAUUUUCCCAACCCUUAUCCAGAAAUGCUUUUCCAGAUUGAUAGUAGAACUGGAGAAAUCUCACCAAGCAGGACAGGCUCAAUUAACUUAGAUCCUCAAAAGCAGGACACCUUCACGCUCGUCGUCACUGCGAGGGACAUGGCAGGGAUGACAACAAAUGCUUUCACCAGCAGUGUCGAUGUGAACAUCACUGUGAAAGAGAGCCUGUGGAAGGCUCCCCCCACCAUCCACAUCCAAGAAAACUCAACCCAGGUCCACCCUGUCAACAUAAGCCAGGUGCACUCAAACGACCCAGAUGUAAUUUUUGACAUUAUUGUUAGAGAAAAUUUGUCCAGGUUCCCAUUUUCCAUCGAUCAGAACGGAGUUAUUUAUGUGACUGAACCAUUGGACAGGGAAGAGAAGGAUACUUACGAAUUCUUUGCGAUCACAAAAGAUGAUGUGGGAGAACUGGUGGACAAGCCUCUCCGCAUUAAUGUUAUUGUGGAAGACAUUAAUGACAAUCCCCCUGUGUGCCAGCAGCCCCUCACCAUAAUGGAAGUUCAGGAAAAUGAAAAUGCAGGCAGCAAUAUUGGCACCGUGUUAGCUACGGACAUGGACGAGGAGGGCACCCUUAACUCUCGUCUGCAGUUUAAAAUUGAAAGUCAGGUUCCUGCUGUUCCUGAAAGCAAUAUGUUCUUUAUUCAGCAAGACACUGGGGAUUUGCAGUUAAUACAGGGUUCGUUAAACAAGCGCAUUGCAUCCAACUAUUCCUUGGCGGUGCUGGUUACAGAUGCAGUAUUCCAAACAAUCUGUGACGUGCAAAUACAUGUCAUCGACACCAAUGACCAGAUUCCCAUCUUUGAAAAAUCAGAUUAUCACAAUGUGACUGUUGCAGAAAGUCUCCCGGUAGGAACAGUGAUAUUAGAAAUUCAAGCUACUGAUGGAGAUGAGCCUGACACAGGGAGCUCCUACAUCAUUUACCAAAUGAAGGAAGGAGAUCCAAACAACACAUUCAUCAUAGAGACAGAUCCUGAAACAAACCGAGGGUUUGUCAAGAUUAACAAGGCUCUUGAUUUUGAAACAACUCCAGUGUACAACCUUGUGAUCAACGCCACAAACCCUGAACCCCUGGUGUCAAGUGUGCAGUACAACUCAAGCUCCCUUGCCUUAUUUAAAGUUUUUGUAACAAAUGUGGAUGAACCACCAGUUUUCCGUGAGAUGGUUUACAAAGCAGAAGUAUCUGAAGAUAUUCCUGUCAAUACUCUGGUCAUGACGGUGGAGGCCUAUGAUCCUGAGGGGGAUACUGUACGUUACUCCUUAGAAGGUGAUGUGAGGAAAUGGCUGAGGAUUGAUUCAACCACUGGGCAGAUACACACGGCUUCCAUUUUGGAUCGAGAACAGCAAGAAGUAUACACAGUUGAAGUUGUUGCAUCAGAGCUAAACAACGCAGCUCAGAAAUCCAGAGUAAGUUUGACACUACAGUUAAAGGAUGUGAAUGACAACGCUCCAGGGUUAGCCACAGAUUAUCCCACUUUCUUCUGCUACCCUGUCAGUGGAGGAGAGAGAGCUUUGAUUCGAGCUGCUGAUGCUGAUAAACAGUGGUUUUAUUCAACAUUUUCUUUUUCUCUUGCGGAUGAUACAUAUACAAGAAAUAAUUGGGAAAUCUCAAAAGUCAAUGCUACUCAUGCUUCCCUCUCUCCGAAACAUGCUAACUUUGAAGAAAAGGUGCAUAUUGUUCCAGUAAUAAUUAAUGACAAUGGAAAUCCACCUUUGGAAGGAAAAGUGAAUCUUGAAGUACACGUCUGCAAGUGUUCAAGUGAAAAAUCGUGUUUAAUUGAAGUAGAGCGUCAGCACUCCUGGCCAAGCGCUGGCCAGGCAGUUGGGAUUCUUAUUGGGGUCCUGCUCGUCAUUGGUGCAAUUUUAGGCGGUGUGUUUUUCCACAUGAAACACAAAGAAAAAAAUGAAAAGAAGAGCCAUCAGAAAGAUGCAAGGGAUAAGUCUGAACUCAAUACGCUGGCUUAA